CUUCAGUGCUCCAUCUUCCUCUCUCUCUCUCUCUCUCUCUCUCUCUCUCCCACCCUCACCGACCCCACCAAAACCCUCGCCAUAGAUCUCCUUUCGUGGCGCUUGUGCCUAGAAAACCACCACCACUCUCCUCCCAUAUCUCGGAAAGCGUCCGCCAAAAGAGCGGUUUCUUUUUCGCCGAGGGGAUUCGGAGCGCUUUCAAGCUAGGAUUUUUUUUCCCUUAGGAUUUUGGAUUCCGCAGUUAGGGUUUUUGCUGUAUCGAAUGGCGUCGAACAGCAACAACCAAUCGAGGGCAAUCGGGGGGCCCUUCGCCCCUGGGAAGGGCGGAAUGGCCUCGCCGUCGGCCAAUUCCAUCUCCGCCUUCCUUCUCUGCCUCAAGCAUCGGGGUCGGGGGUUUCCCGACCGGGAGGGACCGGGACGGUCAAUGGAUCGGGAUGUUGAUGGGAGUGUUGAUAGGAGUGCACGGGGCGGAGCUGACCAAUAUGGUGUUCGUGGUGCAGGUGGUGCUGUGGGGUUGGACUGGGCGGCGUACUACGCGCGGUCGGGGGGCGCUUGGUGGAGGUGGAGAAUCAUAGGGCGGUGGAGAGGAAAAGCAGAAGGAUAAACUAUGAAAUAGGAAAGAAAGAAGGAAAAAUGGGGAAAAUAUUUUGAUUUAUUUUUAUUAAAAAACUCAUCUUUUAAACCGGUGCUUCCCGUCGCCCAACCAUGGAUUUUUAGUCUUUGAGUUGAAAACAAACAGUGGAGAUGACGUGCUUCUUCUAUUUGUAAGAAGCCCGGUAGCUUUUUCCUUCUCCGGAUCCCUAACUCUCCUCAUCUCGUAACCUGAGCUUUUCAGGGCAGAGCAGGCUUGGGCCUCGAUUGCAAGACAUGGCUGUGGAGAACAAAGGCGGCACAGGACCUGUCGAAAGCCGGCCGGGAUUUUUCGUCAUCGGCUCCCCCAACGUUGGCAAGCGGACUCUUCUCUCCCGUUUGCUUUCUAUUGACUUUCCUGACACAUGUGACUUGUCCUCGGGGAUACUUUGUCAAGGGUGGACUAUUGAUACAAAAUAUUACUCUGCUGAUCUUUCCGUUUGGACAGCUCAUCUUGAUGAAGGAUUCUCCUUUGGAACUCUGUCAAAUUUUAAGCAGUUGGCUGCCUUAGUGAUGGUUUUUGACAUGAAUGAUGGAUCUUCUUUUCUUGCUCUCCAAAAUUGGGUUGCAAAGAUUGACAUUAAGAGGUUUGAAAUACUAUUGUGCAUAGGAAACAAAGCAGAUCUUGUGCCUGGUCAUUAUGCUCAUAGAGAGUACAGAAGACAUAUGCAGAAGCAUGGAGAUUCCGCUGGGGAUCCCCAUCCAGAAUACUUGGAUUAUGGGAUUGAUGAGACUGAGGGAUGUAGUUUAUUGGUGGAUGAAGAACCAUCUUUGGAUAUUAGGAAGUCCUGGUUGGAAUGGUGUUGCCAGAAUAACAUAGAAUAUAUAGAAGCUUGUGCUUCCAAUGCUGACUUUGAUAAAUGUUUGUCAGUUGAUGGUGAUAUUCAAGGUGUAGAGCGACUCCAUGGAGCCCUUUCUGCUCAUAUGUGGCCUGGAAUGACCCUGAAAUCUGGAAACAGGAUAACGGCACCUUCCCUAGUAGACAAGGAAGAAACCACAGAUGAUGAAUCUGAUUAUGACUUUGAGUACGAGGUUUUAUCCCAUGGUUCUGAUGAACCAUGGGACAACACUGGUGAUUUAGGUGUGACAAGCAAGAAGGGAUUUGCUUCUGAAGUCAAUCAAUUUGUAAAAGAUGAAAUGGUUGAUGGUAGUGGAUCUAGAGUUGACGUCUCAACCUCCGAUAUUGCUGUUGGAGCAUCCAGUGCUUUUCCUAGCGAUACUGCCUCAGAAUCAGUCACUGAAGGUAGACCUGAUACUGAGAACAGGGCAAAUGAGUAUCAGGAUCAGAAGGACAAGAGAGAUGCAUCUGCAGACCAGGCUGCAGCCUCUGAAGUUGAAGGAGAAGUGGAGCUUGAGGUUAAUGCAGCCAACAGUAUUUUGGAAGAGGAUGCACUUUAUGGUCUUGAUGAUCUUGAAAAAUUGAUGUCUGAGAUUGGUAACAUGCGUGAAAACUUGCGGCUUAUGCCUGAUUUUCAGAGGAGAGAAAUGGCUGCAAAACUAGCCAUGAAAAUGGCUGCCAUGUUUGGUGACAGCAGUGAUGAAGAUGGUUUGUAAUGGGUGAGAGCUCCUAGUAUAAAUGAAAUUUGCAGAUUUCUCCAUUUUAACAUGUUUCAGCAUUGAUUUUUCUAGUUAAAGAUGGUGAUCCUGCUGCUCUGUUUGAUGAGAUGACAUCCACCAGUGUAACGCGUUACAGCUUAGUGCAGCUUCGCACAAGGGAAAAGAGGACGCCUUGGUUGUUCAAUAGAAUCUAAUAUCUUGAAGUUUUGUGGAAUCUUAUUACUGCUUCAUACUUGAGCAUGAAAAUUUCUUUUUGCUGAGGUCUGUAGCUGUCUUGGCUCUCUCUCUCUCUCUCUCUCUCUCUCUCUCUCUCUCUCUCUCUCUCUCGUCCUGGUUCUCAUUUCUGAGAACAAUUAUAUGUAUGAUAUCAUGCUGUUUCCUUGAGUUCAUUGUAUAUGGAUCAACCAUAAUUACACAUGAAAAACAGAAUGAAAACUUCAUUGAAGUGUGGA